AUGAAGUACCAGCUCGCCACCCUCGCCGCCCUCGCCGGCUCCUCGUACGCCUCCCUCGAGGCCUACGGCGCUGCUCCUCCAGCCUACGGCGCUGAGAGCAGCUCGUCCGCCCCAUCCGUCCCAGCAUACGGCGAGAGCACCUCUGCUCCAUCCCUCCCAGCCUACGGUGCGAGCACUUCGUCCUCCCCAGCUGCCCCAGGCUACGGUGCCAGCUCGUCCGCCCCAUCUGUCCCAGCCUACGGCGCCUCGACGACCUCUGCCGCAGUUUCCUCCACCACUGAGGUCGCUUCUGCUUCCAGCGCUGUCCCAAGCGGCACCACCGUCACCGAUGUCGUCAGCUCGUUCGUCACCUACUGCCCAGAGGCCACUACUCUGACCCACGGCGGCCAGACCUACACCGUCUCCUCUGCCACCACCCUGACCAUCACCAGCUGCCCAGGCGGCUGCUCCAAGGAGACCUCCCCAGCCACCUCGGCCCCAGCCAGCUCCGCCACCGCCUCCGUCCCAGCAUACGGUGCCCCAUCUUCCUCCACCCCAGUCGCCGCUGAGACCCCCUCAAGCUCUGCCCCAGCAGGCCCAACUGGCUACGCCCCAGCACCUUCCGGCUACGCCCCAGGCUCCAGCCCAGUCGGUGCCGUGACCCCAUCGGCCUCCGUCCCAGCCUACUCCGGCCUGACCACUGCUGUUGUCUCCUCCACCCCAGUCGCCCCAUACGGCUACGGCAACACCACCGUCCCAGCUGGCCCAACCGGCACUGGCAGCUCGCCAUCCGCCUCCGGCACUUACCCAGCUGCCUACACCGGCGCUGCCUCCAAGGUUGUCGGCGGUGCCAUCCUCGGCUUCGCUGGUGUCAUGGGCGCUCUCUUCAUGUAA